UCAGACUUGUUUCUGCUCCUCUAGACUGUUCUCGAUUUCUUUGUAAUAAUUACAGAAACCUCAACCCUAACGACCCAUACCCAACGAAGACAUAGGAAUAGCUGUCGAAUGUGUACUCAUAACAUUACUGGAUGUGCAGGACGCGACCAUGCUUUCCCCAAAUUUGAAACAACUCGAUGGCAGUACCAUAGUGCGUGUCAUGAAACAAGUACGAAAACUCCGCAAGCAGAAUUCAGUGACCCGGACCCGAGGCUAUUACGACGCAAAACGAAGGUACUUGCGAACACGUGUCCUGGCAGCACUGCACACCGUGGAGAAAUGCGAAGAAUCAAUUCCAGGAAAGGGAAACAUAUAUCACUGUGCUUCGGAGUGGGGACUUCACUUUCCGGAAGCUAAUGGAGAUUGCCAGUCCCCAGUGAAUAUCAACUCUCGCGAGGCUGCCUUUGACGAUAAAUUGAACCAUCCUGAGCUCUCAACGAAUUACGUAAUUUGUCGUGAAUGUGAUCUGGUCAAUAAUGGCAAUGCAGUGCAAAUUAUGUUCCGAUACAAAAGUGCACAAGGCUUCGAUAGUGCGGUGAAUUUUGGGAGAGAGGGAAAAGCUGAACCGAUACCAAAAUCAGUGAUAAGUGGUGGCCCGUUGCCGAAAAACUGCGAGUUUGAGUUGUCCGAGUGUCGAUUUCACUGGGGACGGGAGGAUGACCGCGGUUCAGAGCAUACCGUGAAUUUCAAAGCUUUCCCAAUGGAGUUACAUUUGCUCCAUUGGAAUUGCAGUCAAUAUUCCAGUUACGAAGAAGCCCUUGGUAAACCAGAUGGCGUGUGCAUCGUCGCGCUAUUUAUACAGGUUGGCCGUGAACACCAAGGACUGCGAGCAUUCACAGAACAUUUGGAAGUAGUACAAUAUAAGGGUCGUACUGUGACUGUCACGGCAGCUUUUAAUCCAAACUGUCUACUGCCAGACCCUGCUUUGCGUGAUUUUUGGACGUACAAUGGUUCCCUGACCACUCCGCCUUGCUGUGAAAAAGCCACCUGGAUACUGUUUCGCUACCCACUCACUAUCUCACAUUCCCAGAUGGAAGAGUUCCGCAGACUGCGCUCACAUCAUAAAGGCGAGACCCCGGCACGUGGCGAUGACGGCAUCCUUGCCGAUAACUUUCGACCAACACAGCCUCUCAAUGACAGAAUCGUCAGAGCCUCUUUUUUGUGAUAGUAAUGUGUCUCGAGAAGCCGUUUGUCAAGCCCUCUUUCCCACACCCGCUUACAAUUCGAGACGUGUUGUCACUAUCGCCAGUCAGCGUUCAUCAGCCGGUCUUCAGUUAGUGUGUUUGAGUCAACUUUAGUAUACGAAGACUUGUAUGCCGCAGAUAAGUUAACUACCUUCGCCGGACCUCCGCCGUCAUGUUACAGUUUCUGGUUAUCCGUGUUUAUCAGACGUACUACACGACUUCUUUUUGUCGGAAAUUAAUCACCGUUUUCUCUCUAACCACCCGGUGUCACGUGACGCAUUACGUCAUCCGAUGUGCGGCCAUCAUGAUACAACUCCCUGAUUUAUACCCAAUCUCGCACAACAACGCCACGCAUGACGAAAAACUCAAAUAAAUAAUAUUGUCAUGGCAACUAAUGAUUUUAUCUGUACAUUUCACAUUAACAUCUGAAUACGUCGUACCGAGAUGAUAUACUGGGAACCCUCGACCAUAAAUAUGUCAUUUCAGUUUUUGGUGUUUGCUGUCCGAUUCCUGGCUGUACACCGUUGGCGCGUCAAUUCGCGUACGCAUUGCACCAUUCAUUCCGCUUUUUACGUCAAUACGAACUAUAUAUUAAUAUUUAACUUAUUUUUUAAGUGUAUAACUGUUUGUGGAUAAUUAAAUAACUGUUUACUUAUUUUAACAAUGUGCCCAUAUUCUUAUUUAAGACGAUUAAAUCUUAUUUUUAUCGAGUAAAA